AUGUUCUCCAAGCUGACACACGGCAUUGUGCGGCGACUUAUUCAGUUGGAUCGUUUCAAUCCAAUGAUCCAAUUCAAAGCACGAAAUGGAGGGAGAGGAUUUGUUUAUCAACCCAGGAUGAUGAGGGCUCGAGUCCCGCGUAUGAGGCUAGUAACGGGGGAAACGAUUGAUCAUCUUGAACCGUCAUCGAUCCACGACAAUGCUUCCGAUAUUGCAGGCCAAGGGAAACGGUCACCUUUGGAACUUUUCCGAACAGCUCCGAGAAAGCCGCUCUCCGUCACAGACCUUGUAUGUCCGUCCUGGUGCGAAUUGCAAUAUUGGUAUAUUUUGAGCAAAUACGGCAAGAAAAGACGCACUUCUGCAAUGAAACAAGGCUCUGACAUUCAUAAAUCACUUGAAGAAGAAGUGUACAAACCCGUAAUGAUAGAAGUUAGGAAUCCCGAGGAUGCGAUGGGUCUCCGGAUAUUGAACAAUAUCCAAGGUCUUCGCAUGCUCAGAAAAACUGGUAUGACACGAGAAUUCGAGCUAUGGGGCACGAUUGACGGCUUGGUCGUCAAUGGCAUCAUUGAUCAACUCUCUUUGUUCCACCCAAACGAGCAUCCGGCGGAUACAAUCCAGUGGGCGAGUCUGGAUCUUGAAAGGGCACCAUCCCGAAGGAGAAAUCAAUUCCACAUUCAAUUCUCCGAGGAACCCGACCAUACCUUAGCUUCUGGGACUGCGGCGAGAAAGCGUCCGUUUCAAAUCUUUGUAACGGACGUCAAGACUCGGGCGUCAAAUUCUUUGCCGAAAGGGGUAUCUUUUAGACCUACAAUGAUGCAGCUUAUGUUGUAUCGACGACUUUUGACAGAACUGGCAACUGAUCGGGUUGAUCCCCGUCUGAUCUUCGCCAGGUACCAGUUGGAUUCCUCUAAGACGUUCAGCGAGUCUUUCACUGAACAAAUCAAAAAUUCAUAUUGCUCAUCCGGCGAAAAGUCCAUCCGCCCUGAAGCUCAAGCCAGUGAUGUCAGGAUACAAGAUAUGGCUGGUGUUGCGAUCGAAAACAAUUCGCUUGAGAGAUUAUGGGCAGCCAUGAUCCAUGAGUUCCGAAAAGCCUUACCAGAAGGAGCUGAAAACGUUGCGGAGACAUUGCGAGUGGAAUAUCGAAGCCAACUGAGUUGUAAUAUCCUGGGUAUCAAAGCUUUCAAUUAUGAAGAAAAAGUCUUGCGAGACUACCUCGCGGAUAUACUGAAAUGGUGGAAGGGUGAGAGGGAGGCCCGCGGAGUGGUGAUUGAGGAGGCUUAUAAGUGUAGGAUGUGCGAAUUUGCGGAGGAUUGUACAUGGCGUAAGGCCAAAGUUGCGGAAGCUAGACGUACUCAUCAAUUGCGCGUCCUAGGAAAGCCAGUCAUAUAG